AUGUCCAACUCAAUGGAGCCCAGGCCUCUGACAUCGGCCUUCGAAAGUCCAACAUUUGGCGAGGACAGCACCUUCCAUGUGGAACAGCCAGUGGGUUCCAUGUCCAUAUCGCCAUGUGGACGAGAUGUAGUGCUCGCGUCAAAAGAAGGUCUUCAUAUCAUUGAUCUUGAUUCUCCAUACUCGCCGCCUCGGUAUCUUCCGCAUCAUACGCCAUGGGAGGUCGCGGACGUUCAGUGGUCGCCGUUCGCCGCUCGCGAUUACUGGGUUGUGAGCACAUCAAACCAGAAAGCUUUGGUAUGGAACUUGGCUAUGAAUACCUCGCAAAAUUCCAUUGAGCAUGUAUUACACGCUCAUUCCCGGGCUAUAACCGAUAUCAACUUCUCGGCUCAUCAUCCGGACGUUAUCGCAACAUGCUCUGUCGAUAGUUUUGUUCACAGCUGGGAUUUACGAACGCCCUCACGACCGGCUAUUACGUUUUCCGACUGGUUUGCUGGGGCUACCCAGGUUAAGUGGAAUCGACAAGACCCUCAUGUCAUCGCAAGUUCACACGAUAGAUUCCUCCGAAUAUGGGAUGAUAGGAUGGGGGCAGUUCCGAUUCGAUCUAUCGAAGCGCAUAAUACCAAAAUUUAUGGCGUUGACUGGAACCGCGUACGUCCCGGCGCUUUAGUGACUUGCUCACUGGAUAGGACUGUCAAGUUCUGGGACUAUACCGCGGAACGCGACGUACCGGAAAAGUUGAUCAGGACUCCAUUCCCUGUGUGGCGUGCAAGGAAUACUCCGUUUGGAUGGGGCGUGCUGGCCAUGCCGCAAAGGGGCAAUAGCGACCUCCAUCUGUACAGUCGCAGAUCCGGAGAAGAACCCGGUCCAACAACCGAUGAGCUCCCCUUGGUACAUAGCUUUCCAGGGCGCAAGGGUCAGGUUAAGGAAUUUCUUUGGAGACCUCGAGGAGGGGUGGUAAACGAGACCGAUCACCGGGAAUUCCAGCUUGUUUCUUGGGGAUCAGAUAAGGAGCUUCGCUUACACAGGGUGCAACCGGAUGUCUUGAAACGUGUUGGCUACGAGAAAGGGAAAUCAUUCAUUCAUAAUUUGAAUGUCACUCGUUCAGGUGCAGUCUACAAAACUUUUCGUGAUGGCCAGGAAGACCUUGAUGGCACAGGAUCUGGUCUAUCAGCUGGCUCGCAGCCGCGUUUUCCUGAUGGCACUGGGAUUAACAACACCAUCUCAAUGCCAUAUUCUCGUACUUGGGGUGGUAAUGUGGAUUCAAGAGUUGGCAUGCGGGCUAAAACUACUGUCAGAACUGAGACGAAUCCCAUUGCGUGGAUGCGCGGCGUCAAGAUAGCGGGGUGGGACAUCGAAACGCUAGGAGAUGAAAUUUCGCACGUCGGGGAAAAGUUCAGCAAAGUUGUUUUUGAAUCUGUCGAUGUGAGGCAGCGAAAGGCGACGAUAUCAUUGCAUGGACCGUGGGGCGCAGAUGGUGCAUCCCUCUUCAUAAAAGCGGACAUCAAGUUUCCGGUUGAUUACCCCAGGGCGUCGGUACCGACUUUCAACAUUCAGAAAACAGCAGCCGUUACAGAUCAACUCGGUGCUGGGUUGGUCUCAGAUCUAAAAACCAUUGCGGAAUCUUAUCUUUCUCGUAAGAGGGGAUGUCUUGAAGGGACUAUCCGUUAUCUUCUGGGCGAAAGCACCCUGGAAGAAAGCAUUGCAUGGAUUCCAGGAGAAACUGCUGAGACAGUGAAAUCACCAGUCAAUGGAGGGGAUGACUCAAGCGAUGAAGACGAAGUAGGGCUGUCGCAUAGCCAAGACCUGGGAAUGAGCUCCGAGCUUCUUAGACCGGUUAAUGCCAAUGUGAUGGUGCCGGUCGCUAAAGCCUGCGGUGCGCUCUGGGCAAAUGAUGGUCGCUUAGUAUGCUUCUUCCCACCAAAGAAGGACAAGUCGACAACCAUGCUUGAAACAUUGGGAUUCAAGGAGAUGACGAGGCUGUCAAGAUCAGAUAAAGUUUUCGAGGGAUUUGGUCGCCUCCAGGCUGCCUCCCCAGGGCCUCGAAUAACGGGUACCAUAGCGAGCACUGAUGACGGCGUUUCAGAAUAUUCAGACGAAUCGGACACCGGAUCAUCAAGCUCUUCGGGUUCAUCUGACAUGUUAUCGGGGUUACAAACGCGUUUCCCGGCUCCUCAGACAUGGCGCAGCGCGGGCAGUCUUGGAUUUCAUAGGCCCCGGUCAACAGACAAUUCACAAAGGUCAAUUGGUGGCAGUGGGCAUAUCAAGCCUUCCGAAGCUUCGCAGACGGUGGUAUCAAUCCAUGAUCUUAGCAGCCUUCUACCCGCGAAACGCGAACUUGCGAGUAAAUAUCGGAUCUGUGGCAAAAGUGCGGAUGUCUGCGCCCACAAUGCUUCGGUGGCCCUUGAUCAUGGAUACCACGAACUGGCCCAGAUCUGGGGCCUCGUGAAGCUGAUACUACUCAACCAACAACACCCAGGCUUUCAAUUCGAACCCGAGAUUGUCCAGCGCCGUUUCUUCGGACUCACGCGAAGAAAAGAUAGCGCUGUUGACAUGAGCUUCGACACUUUAAAUCCAAUUCAGCUUCCCAACGGAGCAGCUGAGAGAGGUCUUCAAUGGGGUAGUCAUCCAUUCGGUAGAUCUUGGCUGAUUCCCGCACUGUUCGAUCACUUCGAGCGCAUUGGCGAUGUACAAAUGGUUGCUAUGCUCUCGUGUGUUCUUCACGAAUUUAAUAACGAGGGAAAUCUUGUACGUGAUCGACAUGGGCACGGUGGGUUGGCACCCAGGCGCACGGAGCCUCUUUCUCCCUUGGAUGCUCCUUCUGAGAUCGCGGCUGCGCAAAGCAAGUCCCAAGAAGCAAUGACGCCUGUCGGCUCAGCGCCAAAGGAAAGUCAUCUUUUGUCUGCGGCACAAAAUUCUGGCCGUUCGUCAGGCGAGACUUGGCGUGGUAGCUCCCCAACGUUUUCGACGGGCACGACUCCUCCCGCAAACUCUCGUCCAGGUGCCAUAGCUGCAGACAGGAAGCAUGCAAGUCAUAAUGUCUCAAUCGCAACCUCGCCAGAUCAGCAAUCACAGUCACGCAGCGGCUCCGGAAUCGGUUCCGUUUUGGCCUCUUCGCUGUCUCGCUCUUUCACGUUUGGUCCGUCAUCAGCCUCACCUCCAACUAGUGUUCUUGGUAGGAAAAGGCAGAGUCCAAACGGCAGUCCCAAUGCGCCUAUUGCAUGGCCCGGUGGUGCAUUUCCCGCGAAGGCCGCGGCGAACAGUACCGACCAUCUAAUGGUCCCGACUGCACUCAAUUCGCAAACACACUCCGACGCAGGGAGCGAAAAUACCCAAGCUGUCCCCAAACAGCAAGCGAGGUUCAGAGUCAGCAUGAAAAACCAAGGCGCUUUUGACAACGUAGGGCCUUCUCAAGACUCGUUUCUGGAUCCCAAGAAGGAUUGGCUCUACAGGUCGUAUCGUACAGCCUAUUCUCGUUUGCUUUCUAUUUGGGGACUACCAAUUCAGCAGAGUGAAGUCCUCAAAAUUGGUGGGGUUGUCGACAGUGAUGCGAAUUACCGUCGUGCUAGAGCAUCAUUCUCAUUUCCGGCCUUGAUCCGUAAUAACUCGGAUUUCGAUGGAGUCAACCCGGAUACUCAAGGCCUCGAAAUCCAGCGGCAUUGUUCCAGAUGUGGCCUUUCCCUUCAGUUGUCAAUCUUUUCAGCGCCACCUUCAAUGGAGGGAGCAGCAGAAGCAAAACCUUCCGAAGGGACUAGCGUUACCUGUCCAAAUUGCAGGCCUAAACAGUCGCUCCCUAUCAGCCUCCCUUGUGUGAUUUGCGGAGAGGUGAUAGAGGGGAUGCUUAUCCCCUGCCUUAAUUGCGGCCAUGUGAGUUGCUUUAGCUGCCACCAAGCUUGGUUCUCGAAGACCCCGAGCCAAAACGACCAAGAAAAGACACCUGCAACACCCGGACAGGAGCAGGAGUUCCGAUCCUGCCCUAGUGGGUGUGGCUGCAUUUGCUCUGAGCAUAUCACAGUUAAGAUUCCAGUACCCUGGACUUCGCCAACUCCCAGUCAUGAGCGCGAAAGGUCUUUGGACAGACCACGCAGCGGUCCGGCUGAUUCAUCAAGGGUAUCCGGUGACUACUUCCCCAGAGAUGAACAACUAGAAGGGGAUGUUGAGUUCUGGCGAGCAUCGCCUUUUGCAUCCCUUGCCCGAGGUCUGGGUGGUGGUUUGACUCGGGGAUUUCGCAAAGAUGAUAGACGCUUGAGAUCGAAGUCGACCAGCUCCCACAGCACCGCGGCAUUUGUACCGAGGAGGAGUGCGAUGAAUCAAGUGGAGAAUAAUUGA